UCUCCUCCCACCUGCCCGACGAGGGUUGCGCGCUCCCGGUGAGUUUUAUAGCAACUGUUGCCCAGUGAAGCAGCAGCGCCAUAGUCACCGUAGCCCUGGCGACUGUAACCCACCAACAACAACCUCUCGCUCCAUCAUUACCACCACCUCCUCCUCCUCCACCAUCCUCAUCCUCAUCCUCCGGUCCACAGCUCAGGCGCCAUGCAGACCCCUGAAGCAGGCGCUGACUCCAACGCCACUGUCCCUCUUCAGACCACCGUGCCUGUCCAGCCUACCAGCUCCACCCAGCAGGUGUCUGUCCAGCAACAGACUGUUCAGCAGGUUCAGCAUGUUUACCCAGCACAGGUGCAGUAUGUGGAGGAAAACAGUGGCGUCUACACCAAUGGCAACAUAAGAACCUACUCGUACUCGGAGCCGCAGCUGUAUAGCCAGAACAGUGGAGGGAGCUACUUUGACACGCAGGGCAGCUCAUCGCAAGUGACCACUGUGGUGACAUCUCAUGGCAUGACCAACAACGGAGGAGGGGGCAGCGGAGGAAUGAGCAUGGGUCUGGCGGGCGGUCAGGUAAUCAGCAGCAGUUCUGGGUCUUACCUCAUGGACAGCGCUGGACCGCACCCGGCCACCCAGACCGCGCGAGCGUCCCCGGCUACUAUUGAAAUGGCGAUUGAGACGCUCCAAAAAUCUGAGGGUUUAUCCAGUCAGAGAAGCUCGCUGCUCAACAGCCAUCUCCAGUGGCUGUUGGACAACUACGAGACAGCAGAGGGCGUAAGUCUACCACGAUCCACUCUCUACAAUCACUACCUACGGCACUGCCAGGAGCAGAAACUGGAUCCUGUAAACGCAGCCUCUUUUGGCAAACUCAUCCGCUCCAUCUUCAUGGGACUCCGUACUAGACGCCUUGGCACAAGAGGCAACUCCAAAUAUCAUUACUAUGGCAUACGUGUAAAACCAGACUCCCCACUCAAUAGACUUCAAGAAGACAUGCAGUAUAUGGCUCUCAGACAGCAACCGGUGCAGCAGAAACAGAGGUUCAAGCCGGUGCAGAAGUUUGAUGCCGGCUCUGGGGAAAACUACUCAGGUGGAGGCCAGCACCAACCCGGUGCAGCAGAGCAGACGGUCAUUGCGCAGAGCCAGCACCACCAGCAGUUUCUAGAUGCAUCGCGGGCACUCCCUGACUUUGUGGAGCUGGACCUGGGACAUAGCAAUACAGAGAACAUCAGUCCGGAGGACGUGAAGGGUCUCCAGUCCCUUUACAGGGAGCACUGUGAGGCUAUCUUGGAUGUGGUUGUCAACCUCCAGUUCAGUCUAAUUGAGAAGCUGUGGCAGACGUUCUGGCGCUACUCCCCCCCUGACUCAGUAGAGGGUGCCACUGUAACAGAAAACAGCAGCAUUAGCGAGAUCGAAGCACGGCUCCCCCGGUCACAACUAAUGGUGCUGUGCAGAAACGACGCCGUCCUCAAAUGGAUGAGCACCUGUGACCAUCUAAUGUACCAGGCCCUUGUGGAGAUCCUCAUCCCUGAUGUCCUGAGACCCAUUCCCAGUGCCUUGACUCAAGCCAUUCGCAACUUUGCCAAAAGCCUGGAGGGCUGGCUUAAUAAUGCUAUGAAUGCCAUUCCGCAGAGAAUGAUCCAGACCAAGAUUGCCGCUGUUAGUGCCUUUGCGCAAACACUGCGCAGAUACACAUCUCUGAACCACCUGGCUCAGGCGGCGCGUGCCGUGUUGCAAAACACGUCGCAGAUCAACCAGAUGCUGAGUGAUCUCAACCGUGUCGACUUUGCCAACGUACAGGAGCAGGCAUCAUGGGUGUGCCAGUGUGAGGAAGGAGUGGUUCAGCACUUGGAGCAGGACUUCAAGGCCACGCUACAGCAGCAGAGCUCUUUGGAGCAGUGGGCAGCGUGGCUGGAAAACGUGGUCACUCAGGUGCUCAAGCCCUACGAGCACCGGCCUAGUUUCCCCAGGGCGGCUCGACAGUUCCUGCUCAAAUGGUCCUUCUACAGUUCAAUGGUGAUCAGGGACCUGACCCUGCGCAGUGCCGCCAGCUUUGGUUCCUUCCACCUGAUUCGCCUGCUCUACGACGAGUACAUGUUUUACCUAGUGGAGCAUCGUGUGGCCCAAGCUACUGGAGAGACGCCCAUUGGUGUCAUGGGGGAGUUCGACAGCCUCAACACCCUCUCGCUCUCUAACCUUGAUAAAGAUGAAACCAGCGGCAUGGACAGUGACUUGGACGAGGACACAGAGGACUCCGGGGAGCCUCUAGCCAAGCGGGAGAAGUCGGAGCACGAGGUGAUCCAGGUGAUCCAGGUCGGGGCACUGGAGGACGGGUCCCACCCCGUGGUGGGCGUUGUCCAGCCGGGCGUCCUCCACUCGCUGCCCCAGCCCCCGCAGGAUCACACGGAGCACAUCCUCACCCCGUCAGCCGGCACUCCCAACAUCCGCCACUGCAGCACCACAGGCAACACCUACGCCUCAGUUUGAGGGUCCCAGGGGGGCGCGGCCGACCGUGUCUGGCCUAUUCUCGCCGUUUCACUCUCUCCAACAUAUCUCUGUCUUUCUCUGUCAGUCUAGAUGUCUCUGUCGUCUUCAUGCAUUGUCUCUGUCUGCACCUAUGUGGACGCACUCGCCUCUCCCUCUCCAGCCUGGCCAGUGUAGGAGGGGCUGAAAUGCUGAUACUCUGGCCAAGUUGUGCUGUCCCGUGUCCGACUGCUUAGCUUCUGGAUGUAGCGUCAUCCGAUAAGUCUGUGCUCUGCCACAGUGCGGCAGCAGGUGGAAGGGACCUGGAGGGAAAAGGACUGAUUUGACCCAUUAUAACGUUUCCUGGUUAAUCAUGACGCAACAGCAAAACCACUCUGUGCACACAGACAAGUUUAACCUCGAAGGAAAAUUUAGACUCCUUCAUACUACUGAUGUCUCAGAGCUCAAAUCCACGUCACCAGUCCCACAGGAGCAAAGUCAUCGAUUGACUCAAGACCUUUCGACUAUUGUACAUAGAUUUGCUGUACUUUCAAUUGGUAUUAGCCAAACCUCAUGGUGCUAUCAUUGUCUUUCGCUUUAAGUUCCAGUUAUCCCUACUAAUUUCAGUAUGAUUUGUGUCAACAUGAAUUCCAACGGCUGAACAAAAUGUUUGAGUAUUGUAUGUAGCUAAAAAACAAAACAAAAAAAAAGAAGAAGAAAAAG